CUAGCCCGCUCAGGUGAUAUACUAUUAUUAACUAGUAGUAUGUAGGGAAAAUCCACUGCCCUUGAGACAAAUAUGGGAACUGGGAAGUCCAUAAUUUAUUGGUUGGUUCCAUAUAUGUCAGCACAAUGACUCACAGAGUCCACAAAAUAUUUAUACGUUACCAAAUAUAUUUGUUUUCGGUUUCACCAUCAUCUACAGACACGGAGAGGCCAAACCCCAGUUGUGCUUUUCUUCGUUUUGUCUACUUUCAUUACUCUCUUCACUGAUCUUUGCAGUGUGAGCUAUUGCUAUGGAUAGCCCAUCUCACGUGACAGUUUUUCCUGCUGCUCCAAGGUUAGAAUCCAAUAACGUACCAACUGGAGCAAUACCAGGUGAAGAUCAACGUUUUCUCUUGUACUUCAUUUUCAGUACGUAUUUUGGUCCUGAUCUGAAAGGUGAACCACAGAAGUCAGUUUUUCAAAGAAUGGCAGGGGGCCUUCCGCCAUAUACUUCUGAUCAACUAGCUGGAUCACACAUGAAAACUGUAGAAGUAGAAAGGAUAUACUAUUAUGCACUUAGGAAGGCAGAUCAAUCUCUUACUGUUAGAUUACCUUGGUUGAACCAUUUUUUUAAGGGAAAACUCUCAAACUCUGAUCUUAAAUUGCCUCUCAUUUAUCCUCAGUUUCCAGAUCUUUUUCCUCUCCAACUACAUAGCCAUUCAAAGUCCAGAAAUCAUUACAAAAUCAUUGAAAACAUUGUUUUUAUAAACAACCCAGAUAUCUCUUACAAUAACCCAGAAGAUGUACAAAGGUUUAGAAGGUUAACUGGGAUUGAGAAUUUGUAUCUGAGCAGAGAUGCUGCUAGGUUCCACAUUUCAGAAGAUCAUUGUGUUUUAUAUAAUGUGCAAGUCAAAGAAGCUGAAUCCAAUGGAGAUUCUCCUCCAUUUAUGUCAUCUUAUAUUUCUCAAAGAAAAAGACGUAUGGACGAUGCCAUGAGAUCUAAGGAACAAGAUAUUCAUGAUGCAGAACCCAUAAAUAGUAUGCCAUCCAGUGUUGCACCAAGAAUGUAUCCUUGUAUGACUCCAUUGACAACUAAGGUUGACACCAAUUUUCUGGAUGUUGAUGGUCCAGCAAUGAUAUUUCUUGCUUCUCGCCCAACCAAACAAGAGUGGACUGAUAUAACAGCUGCUGCUAAAAGUGGAUUUGCAUUGACUGGGACUGCAGCCAUGGGACGUGUUGGACCAAUAGUUGGACUUAUGGACAUUGGCGAGUGUGAUGAUUCAUAUCUGUUUCGUGUUGCACUUCCAGGAGUAAAAAGAGAUGAAAGGCAUUUCAGUUGUGAAGUUGAUGCCUCCGGGAAGGUACUGAUAAGGGGGGUGACAACAACAGGUGAGAAAUCAGUGUACAGAUACUCCCAAGUGUUUGAAAUGCAAAGUCGGAACCUCUGCCCCCCAGGACGCUUUUCACUCUCAUUUCAGUUGCCAGGACCAGUUGAUCCUCAACAGUUUACUGGAAAUUUUGGCACUGAUGGGAUUCUCGAGGGUAUUGUGAUGAAGGAAAACAGUCUAGUUGAUAAGUAGAUUGCUUCUUGUAGAAAGGUCUUGCUUCUCAAGUUUGAACUUGUAACUGUAUGUUCAGUUACUAAUGCCAAGUCCAUGGUAAUGAUUAGAUUGGCAUUUUUGGAAUUUACUCUCUUACUUUUGAUCAAAUUUUCCUGAGUUUCACCAGACAAUGAACUAGCUUUGUAUGCCAUGAUAAUUUCUUGUUAUCUGCUGAAUCAGAUUUUGGCAUGCUACCGAGUGAUGUUUGCUAUAAAAUGUAUCGUCAGGUCAAAUGUUUUGAGUAUGUUUAGUAACAUGCUUAUUCUUGUUUGCCAAUGAUGGAAACAUGAGAGGCUAUUGUUCAGUGGCUUCA